AUCAAACCAAAAAAGGUAAGAGAUGAAAGAAAAACAUGAAGGGCACUUGCUGGGAAGUGUCUUCUACAAAUUUUCCGCUGUCUGGGUAGAAGCGAAACUGUGAAGAAAACAACAGAAACCCAGAGAGAGAAUUUCCACUAAAAGAUGCUUAGAACACGAUCUCUGACUUCUUCCUCCUCUGUCUCCAUUUCUUUCUGCAUGUGCCUCAUUCUGAUGCUGGUUUCUUGGCUGUGACGCAUCUUCUCAGUGCUCUUUGGAUCCAUUCUGGCGGUGAAGUGAGUGUGGAGACACAUCCCCUUCGUCUCCUUGAUGCCACCAUGACAUUGGCAUUUAUGCCACUGGGUCUCGCCCUCGUGCUGCUGGUGACCAAUGCCAGCAGUACUUCCCCUGGAGCACCAAAGGAGCAGAGGGUGUGGGCCAAAGUGGGAGACCUGGUUGUGCUCCCCUGUCACCUGAGUCCUCAGGAGCUGCAGAGGAGCAGGAAGCAGCUGUAUGAGAAGACAGCUGUCCGCUGGGAGCAGCAUGGGGAAAGCUCCCACAAAGAGCUCCACAUGGUGCUGGAGGUCGAGUACAGUGGUCUCCUGAAAAGAGCCCGAUCCAUGGUGCCCCGAGCCUCAGUUAGGGAAACCGGCUUCCGCCAAGGGGACUUCUCCCUCUGGAUUGAGCCACUACUGAGUGAAGAUGCAGGCCAUUACGAGGCACUGGUGAGAUAUGGCAAGGAGACUCGGCGCUGCCAGUUGGAGUUGGGCGUGGUGACAGUGACUGUCAAUCCCCCAGGCCUCCUGGUAGAAACAGAGCCUCUCUUGCUAAACUGUAACUCCAGUCAUCCAGCUAAGCUUGUGGAUAUGCGCUGGUUCCAUAAUGGUAGCCUGGACCCCAUUUCCAGCAGGUUCCGUUCCCGCCAUGGGGCUCUAUCCAUCUCCAGGCCAACUGUGAGCGAUUCAGGGCCCUGGCGCUGUGAACUCACGUACUCAGAUGACGAGAGAGUUUCUGCCUCAUUCAACCUUCAAAUUCUAGGUUUUGCUGGCCCAGUCUCUCCUGUAGUUUAUGCAGCUGUAGGAUCUGUUGCCAACCUUCCCUGCCUCCUGAAUCGAGACCCCAGUGCUUCCAGCAUUCUAGGGGUGUCAGCCCGCUGGAGCCAUCUUGCAGGAGGGGAUCUGAAAAUAUGGGACAUCUCCAGGAAUGGGAGCAACGGGAGCUUCACUCUCCAUCUCCCUGAAGUGGGGCCACAGGAUGCAGGGCAAUACUCCUGUGCUGUCUCUAUCCAUGGCACGACCAUCACUAGGGAUGUGACCUUGGCAGUGAUGACAGUCACCCCAAGCAUCAAAGGGCCAGUCGCUGAAGGCUCUCGUCUACUGGUUAUCUGCAGCCUCACCCACCCCAGGGGACAUGAGCACUUUCAGUGGAGGCAACUGAGUUCAGACCUCAGCAAUGGGAGCUCAUUUGAGGCCACUCCCAGGAACCCAGCAGUCCAGCGCUACAAUCUGGGUUCCACCCUGGAACUGGACCAUGUGUCACAGGAGGAUAUCGGCACCUGGGAGUGCAGCGUCCAUGGCUCAGAAGGGAGGCUGGGAGCUGUGGAAUAUGAGCUGUAUAUUACAGGUGCCCAGAUCUCUGGUCCUCAUCCAAUUCUGAAUGGGCAGAUCUCUUUUGGCCUUAUCCUUGUCCUCUUCCUCCUGCUUGUGGCCUCCAUCCUGGCUUUGGUCCUGCAGAACCGUAGGAUAUCGUCCCCAGCCUUCCCGGCACUGGAGCGGGUGGUUACCGCAUCCACACCAGGGAAUGCAGGAAAGGAUGAAGGCCAGGAAGGGAAGAGCCUGCAGACAGAGUGUUGAUGGGAGAGAAGGCACAAAGGUCAAUCGGAAUGGCAAACACUUCAAUGGGAAAACAAGACUCUGCUACACAGCUGGGGGAACCAUUCAGAUUUGUCCGGAGGGCAUGGAGGUCACAUGGACACAGCCUGGGGACCAUGCCACUGCUGAGGGAGUGGGAGCGGGAGCCAUAUGACAAAGGAGAUAGGAGUCAUCUGGGUGCAGGAAGGUUGGGAUGGGGGGUUGUACAGGUUUCUGAACUUCCUUUUUGGAGAUGAAGGACUCCAGUGUUCAUAACCUGCUUCAGUUCCACUUGUUUCUGUCGCACCCUCUGUCUCCCUCUCUUGGCCUUUCUCCUUCCUUGGUGGGGUGAGAGUGGCCUUUAACAGAUGGGGAGAUUGGCAGAGACCUAGCUCCCCUCUGCCCACAGGGCAUUUAACUUCCUGCUGCCAACUUCCCUCUCUGUAUCCCAUAAGCACCCUGCUCCGGCACUUAUUCGCUGGCACAGCAGAUCCUGCAGCCAGAGAUAUUGCAUAGUUGAGUUUUUGUUAUAGUUUAUUAGCACUCAGAAGAAAAUAUACUGCAAUAAACCCCCCCCACUGGAAACCCUUUGGUCUCUGUGUGCAUUUGGGGUAAAAUGGGCCUAUCUAGCACACUGUUGGCAUCUGGUUGUCU